UUUCCCUUAAUAAAUAUGUCGCUUCCGCUUCCGGCUCCCGGUUCCCGCGUCUCCCGCAAAUUGCAAUUACCGCUGAUGAGAGUAAUUGGCAGUUGAGGCAGAACCAGCACAGAAGGAAGAGAAAGCCCGAAGCCAUCCUGUUAGGACCACAAGGACUAUGGAACCCCAGGAAGCCACUCCAGACAGCCAGUCCGAGGACAGCAAUGCUUUGGAUCUGCCAUCAGCUUCUGAUAUAAGAGACUACGUGGUACAGAAAUCCAGGCAGGAAGCCAACAGUGGGACUUUCAGUUCUGUAGAAGCCCUUUCUUUUCCUCAUUCUUCUGAUGUGGAUCCAGACAACACUAACUUAAAUACUGAGCAAAAAGAUUCCUGGACCUCUGAGAACUCCUGGCUUGACUUUUCAGUGAAUGACCACGUAGAAAUCGAGAGAGAAGAUGAUGAACUUCGGAAAUCCUUGGAUACAUUCUAUGAAAUGUUUAGCCACCCACAGCCAACCUCUGGAAAUUCACUCUCCACAUCUGUCUGCCAGUGCCUGACUCAGAAAAUCAAUGAACUGAAAGACCAGGAGAACCAAAGGUAUGCCCUCCGCAGUUUCCAGAUGGCCCGGGUCAUCUUCAACCAGGAUGGCUGCUCAGCGUUACAGAAGCACUCUAGGGAUGUCCAUUUCUACCCAUCGGGGGAAGGAAGCAUGUCUCUGGAAAAUGAAAAGGAGACCCCAGGACUUUCAAAAGAUGUUAUUCAUUUUCUCUUGCAGCAGAAUGUGAUGAAAGACCCAUGACCGGAGCCUGGUAGAAGAGGCAGGCAAAACAAGAUAUGGAGGGGAAGCCAUGUGGCCAUUGCUAUCUGUGUGCUACCCAGACUCUCUAGCCGAUGCUGUGUACCUGACCACCCUCCCCACCACCACCACAUACACACAGGCCUGACGUCUGAGCCAAUUCAUCCCCUGUGGAGACUCAGCAGUAUCUGAGAGCUCCCAUAGCUACUUCCCAUGCUACCCUGCUACUCCCUUUGACUGAAGACCAAUGGCUUAUUGGUUUGAAGGCUCAAAACUCAGCCACUUUGCUUCACAAAAGAACAUGCACUGAGGCAUUUUUUAUUUUCCACAGCUCCACUCCAUAUCAACCAAGGUGGGGCCUUAACAAGAAAGCACUCCUUUGCUCGAUUCCUUUCCUUUACCUGUCCUCCUUUUUCUAUUCUUUUAUGUCUUCCAGAAGCCUUUCUUAUUCCUAUUUAUUAAUGAGAAAGAUAGAUAGGAGGAGAGAGAGAAAGAACCAGACAUCACAUGUAUUGCUGGGGAUUGAACUCAGAACCUCAUGCUUGAGAGUCCAAUGCUUUAUCCACUGCACCACCUCCCGGACCACCAGUUCUUUAGUAAAUCUCUUAUAUCAGAAUUGUUGGCUCAGUGUCUUCUUAUGACAGAACUCAAUCUAAAAAAAACUCAAUUCAGCUUGAUGACUCGCCUGAAGACUACAAAUUCCUAUGCUGAAUCAAAUGUAGGGAUUGUGCCAAGUUGUAAAACUGCAACCAUGUGAUUAAGAACAUAUAACCCAAAAUAAUAUAAAGACUUACAUAUGACUCCCAAAAGCAUAUCACAUCUUAAUUAUACUGUGGCCACUCUGAAGCCAGAAUACUGUGUUUUAUAAUACUAACCAAAUUGAGAAGGAACAUUUGGACCAUCUUAAGUAACAGCUAACAUUCACAAAUUAAAAAAAAAAAAAUUUCAUCUUCAUCAGAUUGCAAAUGUGAGAGGUGAGAAGAAAACAAAUGAAUGCCACCCACAAAGUGUGUGUAAGCUCCAUUAUGAUAUUCAAGGCUGACAAAAUUG